AUGUGUGGUGGUGUUUGCUUAAGCGGAAAGAAUUCCUUUUUGAGCAGGUGCAAUGGCUCCAUCAUUGGUUUUCCGACUUUGGCCUAUAAUUCUGCAACUAGACGAGAGGAUUUCAGUGAAGAUAAUGACACUACUGAUGCGAAAGAGCAUGGCGCUUUAGAGUUUGCAGAGAUGCCUUCAAAUUUACCAAAUUUUUAUUGA